UUCGCUCUUGGAAUAAUCUCUGAGCACAGGCGGAGAAGCUUCAGUUGGCGAGAGACAGUUAUUCGAGCGCUUCGAAAGUGAAAAGUUAUGUUGAUGUUGAAAAAUGAGGCUACUGAUAUUUUUUGUGUUUUAUCUCUCUAGUGUGAUGUGUUUGGAAGUCAACGAAACCUGUACAACACCUUGUAAUGCGACAGGCAAAUGUGUACCAGUACGAAGUUGCGGUUACAUUCUCGGCAUUCUUAGAAACCCCGAAGCCAGCUAUAGAGAUUCGUUGUUUCUGCAAAAAAGUACAUGCGGGACCAUGCCUGGUCCCAGACCGUUACCUUUAGCAUGUUGCCCUAAUUUGUUGAAUCCAGAAGGUUGUGGUGUGGCUGAGAUCACGACUAGAAUUAUCGGAGGAGAAAUAACGAAAUUAGAGGAACAUCCCUGGGCUGCUUUACUCAUCUACGACAUAGGAAAAGAGCGGAUUAUCUACAAAUGUGGCGGAGCUCUUUUGAAUUCGCGAUUUGUACUGACUGCUGCUCAUUGCAUCAUUGAUAUUCCACAGAGCUGGAAGUUACAGAGUAUAAGAUUCAGAGAGUUUGAUGCCAUGAGUGAAGAAAACUGUACGGUUGUUAACGACGAUAAAGUUUGUCGACAAGAUUAUGGAGUAGAAAAGGUCGUCGUUCACCCAGGUUAUGACAAAUCCCGAAUAAAUAAAUUGCACGACAUAGCAAUAGUGAAAUUAACAGAAAGCGUGAUGUUCAGCAAAUAUACCAAACCAAUUUGUUUGCCAUUUGAUGAAACAAUCAGUGCUAUGCCGAUCGACGAUGAGGAUUUCACCGUAACCGGUUGGGGUCAAACUGAGACCGCUAUUAGAAGCAGACUACAACUGCAUGUUGAUUUGGUAGGAAAAACCAACGAGAUAUGCGAUACCGCCUUCGAAAAAGCCAAUGUAACAUUGACUGAUAAUCAUUUAUGUGUAGGAGGCGAGAAACACAAAGAUUCGUGCAAGGGAGAUUCGGGUGGACCAUUGAUGAGACAAGUUGGCAACGUGUGGUACCAGGUGGGGGUCGUUAGUUUUGGUUCAAAAUUUUGCGGUUUGGAAGGAUAUCCCGGAAUCUAUACAAAUGUUGCCAAAUAUCUGAGUUGGAUCACUGAAGUAGUCAAUGAAAGCCAUUGUAGUGAAUUAAAUGAGUUAGAUGAUUAAACAAUAAAUGAUAAUUGUAAUAGUCAAA